GUGUAAAGUGGAACCGAAGACUGUGCCAGGAUUCACUCAUGCUCUUCUAGUAUUGUCUCCUGAUGCCCUGGAACCUUGAAUUCUGAGAACAAGGGAGAGGAGGUGGACAAGCUUUGGUUACCGUGUUUUGAAUAGGUAUGAGUGAUUUCAGUGACGAAUUGACAAGGCCUGUGGCCAAGGCUGUUCGGGUGGAAACAUCAAUGCUCUCUGGUACAGGAAUGUAUAUUCCUUGGCUCCGAAAGGAAAUGGAAACUGUGGAGACUGGAGGAAAACAGGAGAAGGAUUUUGCCAAGACAACAAAUGCUUGUUUAGAUUUGAUCCAAGAAGCUCUGCUAAAACACCAGUGGCAGAAAGCUGCAGAGUAUAUGCAUAGUUAUCUUCAGAUCUUGGAAGAUUCAGAUACCAGCAAAAGGCAGGCUGCCCCUGAGAUUAUUUGGAGGCUCGGAAGUGAGAUUCUAUACUAUCAUCCCAAGAGCAACGUGGAGACUUUCAGUACCUUUGCUGACCGGAUGAAAAAUAUUGGUGUCAUGAAUUACUUAAAGAUCUCCUUACAACAUGCAUUGUACCUCUUACAUCACGGGAUGCUUGAGGAUGCAAACAGAAAUCUAAGCCAGGCAGAGACAUGGAGAUAUGGUGAAAAGUCAUCUUCCCAGGAAAUAUUAAUCAACCUUAUUCAGGCCUAUAAAGGGCUUUUGCAGUAUUAUACUUGGUCUCAGAAGAAGAUGGAAUUGUCUAAGCUUGAUGAGGAAGAUUAUGCUUACAGCACAGCGACCCAGAAUAUGCUUAACCACAGCUGUAAGACAUCUGUAAAUCUUGGUGCAUUGAUUCAAAUUCCUGGAGUUUGGGACCCUUUUGUGAAGAGUUAUGUAGAGAUGCUGGAAUUCUAUGGGGAUCAAGAUGGUGCCCGAGAGGUCCUCACCAAUUACGCGUAUGAUGAAAAGUUCCCAUCAAAUCCAAAUGCCCAUAUCUACUUAUACAACUUCCUAAAGAGAGAGAAGGCACCAAAAGAGAAACUGAUAAGUGUGCUUAAGAUUUUGUACCAGAUUGUGCCAUCUCAUAAACUGAUGUUAGAAUUCCAUAGAAUACUUAGAAAUUCAGAAAAAGAAGAACACCGUAAACUGGGGCUGGAGGUAUUAUUUGCAGUCUUAGAUUUUGCUGGCUGCACUAAAAAUAUAACUGCAUGGAAGUAUUUGGCAAAAUAUCUGAAACAGACCUUAAUGGGAAGUCAUCUAGCAUGGGUUCAAGAACAGUGGCACUCCAGGAGAAACUGGUGGCCAACCUUUCAUUUCAGCUACUUUUGGGCAAAAAGUGAUUGGACGGAAGAUAAGGCUUUGGCUUGUGAGAAAGCUUUGGUGGCCGGAAUGCUGUUAGGAAAAGGUUGUAGAUAUUUUCGGUACAUUUCAAAACAAGGUCAUCAAGCCUUAAAGAAAAAAAUUAAGCGGAUGAACAAAUCAGUGAAAAGAUACAGUAUUGUAAAUCCAGGACUCUGAUAGUGAUUCUAAUUUUUAUUUAUAGAGCCUUGAACAGAGUAGCAGCUUUGUAGAUAGUUAUUGAAUGUGUUUAUUUGGUAUUUUAAGAAGGUAGUUUAUAUGGCUUUUAAAAAGUUAUUUUUAUAUUUUUUUAUAUUCCUUUUACUACCAGUUGUAGCUAGAGAAGCAGCCUCACUGCCUUUGCUCUUUGUAAAUAUAUAUUUUUCUUUUUGUACUGUUAAAUGUAACAUUUAUUAAAGAAUAAUUCUUCAAAUAAAAAAGUAAAUAUUUGUUUAAUCGAAGAAUACAUCUCCACAGCAGUUAUUGCUGCUUGCACGUAAUUUGCUUCUGGCUCUUUUGUAUUAACUAUAACUUGUGGUACUAUGAAAUAAAUUUGUAUUUCUUUUAAUUUCUAAUUGAUCUACGUUAGGUUUGCCGCAUGAAGGAAGGCAUUGGGUGAUGAGUUGUGUUGAGGAAUUUUGGAAAGAGAGAAUAAUUUAAAAAAGAUCUCCUCUUUUCCUUUUUGAUAUAAAGAUGUGGUAGCUU